AUGAAUUUCGUGUACAGUAACUUGUACAAACACUCACAAUAUCAAUGCAAGAUAUCACCCAACAGCUACUAUUUUGCCAAUGCACAAGAGAAUCGACUCGUGAUCAGGAGGAAUACAACCGACAUGACCGUGCUCCAAGUGCACGAAACACGCCGACCGAUUGACUACAUACAAUGGGCACCUGAUUCACAACACAUUCUCUGCGUCAACUUCGAGCAUCAUCGAGUGGAGAUACGAUCAGCAGCUGAUUCGGCAUGGCAGGCAUCCAUCUCUGAACAGGCGUUUCCGUUUGUUCGUGUGCGAUGGAGCCCUGAUUCCAAGAACAUCAUUUGUGUAGCAGAACUAGAGCUACGGAUUGCCAUGUGGAAUUUAUCGACAUCCACCAUGAAAUUUAUGAAUCAUAUCAAGUAUUCAGAAAAAGGCAUUGAAACAAGCCCAGACGGCAAAUACGUAGCAAUUAUCGAGCGACAUGGCGGCAAUGGCGACUACAUCAGCAUCUAUCAUGCCAAUUCGUAUAUUUUGCUGCAGCGAUUUGCAUUGGAUCUGGUGGAUGUAGAGGACAUCAAAUGGUCUCCAAACAGCAUGUACAUCAUAGCCUGGGAUAACUGUCUCUAUCACAAGGCAUCCGUGUACCGGCAAGAUGGGUUUCUACUGAAAUCUUAUUCUGGGUACGAGUAUGGUUUAGGCAUCAAAUCAGUGCACUGGAGUCCCAAUAGUCUUGUGAUUGCUCUGGGUAAUUUUGAUGAUACGAUACACUUGCUCUCCACCUUGACCUGGGAGCCGAUUGGUAGCUUGACACAUCCAACCACAUUGAGUGUGUCUGCAGACACGAAUGUUUUAGAGGAGACUGAAGUAGCAAUAUCCCAGACGACACUUUCAUCGAGUAAAAUAGACUAUCGAUACAUCAUGAGACGACCCUUCAAUAUACCCUCCCGCAGACCCGAUUACAACGAGUUUGACCCCAAGAUUGGCAUUGGAUCCAUGUUUUUCAGCCCAGAUGGCUUGUACAUUUGCAGCAAAGACGACAGGAUGCCCACUGUGCUAUGGAUUUGGCAGGUGUCUACACUGAAAUGUAUCCACAUGCUGAUAUUCCGGAAGCCCAUCAAGCAAGCUGUAUGGAACCCGUCUCAUGAUCAUCUUAUUGCUAUUAUUUGCAGCGAUGAAAAUAUACAUUUUGCAGAAGUGACAGUGGAAAACGAAGGCAUUGAAAUGAUCCCAGUGACGGUACCUUAUGAUGAUUUCACAAUCAAGCAACUGAAAUGGAGUCGCAAGGGAGAUGCAUUGGUGUUACUAGAUCAGCAAGUGUUUAGUUUGGCAGUUGUAAAGUGA